GCAAGUAUCAGCAGAGGAGCAGAAGACGAUGUUUAUUGCCCGCUUUUCCAAAGAUGAGCAUCUGGACACGCUUGUCACCUGGUCCCGUCUUCCGCAGUGCUGUUCCCAAGAAGAAGUGCUGCCUGUGCGGAAAGGCUCUUGCUACGUGAAUCGCCAUUUUGUUAAGUUUCUUCGUGUGCAGAUGGAUCACCUUGCUCACGGAGUCGCCAGACGGCGUCUGAUCCGUGCUGCAACGAAGAUGUGGAUGACAAAAACGCUGGCGCCUUACCUUGCCGUCAUCACGGGUUCCGGACUGCACUUGCUCAUCAGAACUGGCGGCCCCUUGACACGGGGCGACGUCAUCCAACCUGGAGUCCUGGAAAAGAUUUCGGAGCUCUCCCAACUGCCCAGCUCUGCAGCUGUGGCUGGCGACUUCGGCAACGUCCGCUACCUGGCGCAACAGCUGCUCGACGUGGUUCCUCACGAGUCGUACGAGGAGCGUGUGACGCAGUUCCGAAAGGAGCUCAAUGAGGUGAGCGACAAGGCUCUUGAGCUGCACAGCACGGAGGAACUUCCUGGAGCUUUGGAUGGUGGAUUGGAGAUGGAGCUGCUGGUGGAGUCGCUCCACGAUUCCGAUCUCAAGCUUCAAGUGAAAGCGAUGCACGCUUACCUUUCCUGGCUGACGGCACCGAACCGAUUGACGAAGGUGGACAUUUCUCAUGGAAAGUAUCAGGGUGGCACGGUCAAGACAGCGUGUUGGACGCAGUUCUUGCCGGUGAAUGCCGAGCAGGUACACAAUCGUCAUGGACUCCUCGUCGUGGCGGAUGACCUGCAGAAGCUGGAUCUCGAUGACAAGCUUUUGGGCCCCCUGAUGUCUUUGCACGGCAGCAGCAAGGAAUCCGUUCCUAUCAACUUCCUCCACAUCGUGGCGGGUCGUGAUGCCUUCCCAGGGGUAACA